AAGGGCCCGCGAGAGAAAUGUGAUCGUUAUUCACUCGCAUUGACCCGGACUGGGGCUUGACAUUGGGAUGCUCGGUUUACAACCGUCCCGGGCGCGUGGCUCUGACAGCAUCGGGCCAUUAACGCGAUCCGGUGCCAAGUGCAAAUCCCCGGUGGCGCGUCUCGUGAGCAGAGGGGCUCUUGACGCGUUCACGCGUUCCCUUAUAUAGGAACGCGUGGCGCCGCCUCCUUUCUCAUCCACGGAGAGCGGUCGGGGUGUGCGGUUGUAAUCCAUCCUGAGUAAUUCACUUGCGUGGGGAAGGCGGACCAAUAAGGGCGUGAACGCACACAAAAGAGGCACGGAUAACGGGAAAGACACCAGACGGGAGCAGCGCGCGAAGACGAGGGUCACAACCGCUCAGUUUUGAACACUUCAACAACACCGGACUCCAUUCAAGCACUGGCAUACAUCAAGAUGAGCACCGCGAGACCGUCCGAACCGGGACCGUCAGAGGAGACGAUGCGGAUGAUGGUGAUGCACGAGGCGCUCACGGGCAGCGAUGCUCGCCGUUACGGUUCCCCGGUGGCUUGCGUAGAAUGAGAGUUUGGGUCAGUGCGCAGAGAUGUCGGUGCCUUUGCUGAAGAUCGGUGUGGUGCUCAGCACCAUGGCAAUGAUCACCAACUGGAUGUCCCAGACACUUCCAUCACUGGUGGGGCUCAACACCACCAAACUGACCGCGGCGCAGGGCGGCUAUCCCGACCGGAGUAUAGGAGUUUUACCCGCUAACCCAGAGGAGUCCUGGCAGGUGUACAGCUCGGCUCAGGACAGCGAGGGCAGGUGUGUGUGUACAGUCGUCGCACCUCAGCAGACCAUGUGCUCGAGAGACGCCCGCACCAAACAACUCCGCCAGCUACUGGAGAAGGUGCAAAAUAUGACGCAGUCAAUCCAAGUAUUGGACCAGCGGACCCAGAGGGACCUGCAGCACGUUGUGAAGAUGGAAGAUCAGCUCCGUGGCCUGGAGACCAAAUUCAGACAGGUGGAAGAGAACCACAAACAAAACAUCGCCAAGCAAUACAAGGCCAUAAAGGCAAAAAUGGCGGCGCGUCCGCUGAUUCCCGUAUUGGAGGAGUACAAAGCGGACGCCAGGCUGGUUCAGCAGUUUAAGGAGGAGGUGCAGAACUUGACGUCCAGCCUCAGCCUCCUCCAGCAGGAGAUGGGAGCCUACGACUACGACGACCUGCACUCCCGCGUGGUUAGCUCUCGGGAGGCUACGCUGCGCGCAUGCAGAAGCUCGCUCUCGUGUGGUAAGCUGACCGGCAUUAGUGAUGCGAUCACUAUUAAAACAUCCGGGUCUCGAUUCGGAUCCUGGAUGACGGACCCCCUCGCUCCUGAAGGAGACACUAGGGUCUGGUACAUGGACGGUUAUCAUAACAACCGCUUUUGCGCGGAGUACAAAUCUAUGGCGGACUUCAUGUCGCCAGAUAACUUUCACGCUCACCGCCUACCGCACCCUUGGUCCGGGGACGGUCAGGUGGUCUACAACGGCUCCAUCUAUUUCAACAAGUUUCAGAGCAACAUGAUCAUCAAGUUUGACUUCAAGACAUCCACCAUGGCAAACUCAGCGUCUGACAACGCUGGCAACAGUAACACCUACCACUACUCCUGGGCGGAAUCCGACAUCGACCUCAUGGUGGACGCAGGGCGGGUUUCUCACCACGUCUACACCAGUUCGAAUGCGGGAAACAUCGCUAUCAGCAAGCUCCAAUCCCUGACCCUGCAUAUAAUCCAGAGCUGGACGACCAAUCACUCAAGACGCAGCCGGGAGUCAUUUAUGAUUUGGCGGACACUGUACUUGACCAACGGCUAUUCAGCAGGGCCAAAGUCCACCACGCCACCACACCAACCUCCUCCACGCAUUUACGCACAUCAAUAUCGCCUGCAAAACAAGUACGCGCAGAUAUCCAUGCUGACACAACCCACGUGGGAUCGCGCACAAAGUGCCUGGAAUAACGGACAUCGUUAUGUACAACGCCACGCUUUUUCCACGCCAUCCGCCGAGCAACUGUAA